AUGAGCCAGCCACCAGUCCCAGCAAAACGUGCUGCAAAAAAAGAAAAAGACCCGAAGGCGACCUUCACCAAGCCAUCAAGACUUAUUGCUGCUGCUAAAGCCGGCGAAGAUGAGUUGAUUAAAGAGUAUAUGGAUGACAAGACAAAGUCAAUUGACAUCAAUAAAGUCGAUUCUUUGGGACAGUCAUCAAUGCACUGGGCAGCCCAUUCCGGAUAUCCAAACACCAUCCAAACACUUUAUAACUAUGGUGGAAACGUCAACGUCCAAGACAAAGAAGGUGAAACACCACUCCACAAAGCUGCUUGGAAGGAUAAACUCCAAACCAUCUCAAAACUCAUUUCACUUGGGGCAGAUGUCACUAUCAAGAACAACAAGGGACAAACUCCUUUCGAUGUGGCAAAGAGUAUGGAAGCUAAAAAGCUGUUGUACAUCCCAUCUGACAACCUUGAAGAGGAUUUGGAAGAUUCUAGAGACGAGGAUGAUGACUAA